CUGUCACCGACGAGGGAUAGUAGUGAGCUUUACAUCACUGGUGCAUACUCAGUGGAAAAAGAUACCCCAUGUGGCAUGUGCGAACAGUAGUACAACUUUUGAGUGUUGCGUCGAGAAUUUUGUGAUAUUUUACACUGAAGUACAUACUUGUUGUUUGUGAAGAUGUUGGAGUUUUACCCCAAUUUGAAUUUGAACCCCGCGAUGUUACCGGAGAGGAGCAGCAUGCCUGGACCUGAGUGUAAUGGACGAACAGAUAAUGGACUGAUUAAGUGUGAAAAAGCUUGGUGUGAAAAUAACAAUCUCCACAAUCCGCUGGAUGGCGGUCUAAUAAAAUGUGAAAAAACCUACGAAAUGUGCGAGGGCUGCGGCCAGAAAAUCCACGACCGGUACCUGAUGCGAGUGGCGGAUUCUAGUUGGCACGAACACUGUCUCUGUUGUUCGAUCUGCGGGAUUCUGCUCACGCACUCAUGCUAUACGAGGAACACGAAGUUAUAUUGCAAGGCUGACUACGAUAGGAUAUUCGGAGUAAAAUGUUCUCGAUGCGGCGAUCGGCUCCUGCCUCACGAAAUGGUGAUGAGGGCACAGCAGCACGUUUUCCACCUUCCCUGCUUCGUAUGCGUUGUGUGUUGCCAGCCCUUGCAAAAGGGUGAACAAUUCGUCCUGCGCGCCGGACAACUUUUUUGCAGAGGAGACUUUGAAAAGGAGAUGUAUCUCAUGCAACAAGCCAGCUCAGGGGACGACGACAUGUUGGAUGAGAAUAGACCAAGAGAUGGAAGACGAGGUCCCAAACGCCCUAGGACGAUCCUCACCUCUGCCCAACGACGUCAAUUCAAAGCCUCCUUCGAGGUUAGUCCAAAGCCUUGCAGGAAAGUUAGGGAAGCUUUAGCUAAAGAAACAGGACUCAGCGUGAGAGUUGUUCAAGUCUGGUUCCAGAAUCAAAGAGCAAAAAUGAAGAAGAUACAAAGAAAAGCUAAGCAAGACGAUGGAAAGUCUUCCAGUGAUAAAGAAAAAGGUGAUAAGGAUGAUAAAAUUAUUAAGCAAGAAUCUCCAAGUAGUGAUCAUGGACAUUAUAUGGGUGUGGGAAAUUUAGGCGACUCACAUUUUCCAAGUUCUAGUCAACCGCUUAAUCCUAACGUCCCAUAUUCGCCUGAUGAUAACUACCCAGCACACUCUGGCGAAAGCUUUUGCAGUUCCGACAUAUCUUUAGACGACAGUACAAACUUUGACCAGCUAGAUGAAGCGACAUCAGACACAUUAUCAUUACAAAAUUUAGAACUACAAUCACAUUCCCACCACAACGAGGGUAUUUCAACGUCUAGUUCUAUAGCAAACCCCAUCGAUAAACUCUAUCUUAUGCAGAAUUCUUAUUUUAGUACAGAGCAAUAAGAAAAAUUGAAAGAUUUUAAAUAAUUAAAUUCAGAAGUGUGACGCCUCAUCUCUAGUGGUAUUCUUAGUCGUAAAUAGGUAAAGGGUUCAUGACACAAGAUAUGAAUAAGGACUCUAGAAAUAACUUAAAUUUUGAGUUGAAAACUUCAGAACCAAAAACCUAUAUUUCUUACCCAUGUUUAUAUCUAAAAUAUGUAUGGGAAAAUCAAAAUUUCGAAUGAAAAAGAAACAAUCUCUCCUAGAUUUCCUAGUCAGUAGGAAACUACUUUCUUGGAUUCAUAUCUUUGCAGAUAUUUUUUGCCUCCGAAACGUUAAAAUAAGUAUUGUAUUAUUUCUUAACAAUUUUUUUGAUAGGCAAAAUUGUU